CCUCUCUCUACUCGAACCAUUGUUGUUGUUGUUGCCAUGUCUGGAGAAGGAGAUCAUGUAACUUUCCCAUGGAAGAGCCCACCAUGGGAUUUUGCAAAGCCUGAUAAUUCUGCUGGCAACAUUGGAGACAGAUUGGGUAAGAAGAUUGCUUGCUCUAGCUCUCACGCCCAGGCAGCGGCGGCAAAGGAGCUCGACCCAAUGCCAACCAGGAAGCGAACCCGCGGCAUGAUCGGAGGCGAGGACAAGAGCGGAAAAGGCGAGCUCACUGCGAGCGAAGGGAAAGCUGUCGGCGAAUCAGACCACGACAUACACAUAUGGACAGAGAGAGAGAGGAGGAAGAAGAUGAGGGACAUGUUUGCUAAUCUCCAUGCUUUGCUCCCUCAUAUCCCUCCGAAGGCUGACAAAUCUACCAUAGUGGAUGAAGCUGUGAGCCACAUCAAAAACCUGGAGGACACUCUUCAAAAUCUGCAGAAGCAAAAGCAUGAAAAGUACCAUUGCACUGCUGUUUUUAACUGCGAGCCGUCGGCCACGGCCAAUUCCCAGAGCCUAGCCUGCGAUUCGAGGGAGGCUUUCUUGGCCAGUCAAGGGUCUGCCAGCAAUUUGCCCAUCAGCGCCGCAAGCAGCUCGGCGUCGUCUCCGGUCUUCCGACAUCCAAUAGCCUUCCAAACUUGGUCUUCCCCCAAUGUUGUUCUGAACAUCUGCGGCGACGAGGCGAUGAUCAGUGUCUGCUCGCCGAAAAAACCUGGGCUGUUCACUGCUAUCUGCUAUGUGUUGGAGAAGCACAAGAUCCAAGUGGUAUCCGCUCAGAUGUCAUCGGAUUAUAGCCGAAGCCUUUACAUGAUUCAAGCUCAAGUUGCAGGAGCUUCGGACCAACAGACAAAGGUUCUCUCAGUCGAAGAGAUAUACAAACAAGCUGCGACGGAGAUCAUGGUCUGGACUACCUCUUGAUUUCAAGAACAAUAUCAGGUUCAUCAAAGUUGAUCCUUGUCGAACUAAUGUCAUGAAGCUGUUAUUCAAGGAGCGAUAAAAGCAGAUGAGGUAAUGUAUGUGGUGUUUUUGCGGGCA